GAGAGGAACGUGAUUUCCAGUAACUACUUAUGAACUCACCAGAAGGACUUUUACAAAUUCCAAACAUUUUGUUCAUUGCAAGUGACUACUUAUGAACUCACCAGAAGGACUUUGACAAAUUCCAAACAUUUUGUUCAUUGCAAGAAAAGAAGAAGUAUGUAAUAUUGUUAUGGCAUCUACAAAUGAAACAGUGGUAACAGAAUUCAUCUUAAUUGGAUUAUCUGACCAACCUAGAGCCCAGAUGAUCUUCUUUUGGCUCCUGUUGAUGGUGUACCUUGUUAGUCUUCUUGGCAAUGGCCUCAUCAUCACAUUAAUUAUUAUGGACCUCCAACUUCAUACCCCUAUGUAUUUUUUUAUUUGUGUCCUCUCCUUGAUAGACUUCAUUCUCAUCAACAAUGUAGUUCCCGAGGUUCUCAUCAACUGCUUCAUUUACAGGCCCACUAUUUCGUUCUCCAGAUGUUUGUCUCAAAUGUAUCUGGGUCUGCUGCUUGUCUCAACAGAGUGUGUCGUCCUUGCUGUCAUGGCUUAUGAUCGCUUUGCAGCUAUAUGCCAACCCUUACACUAUAUGCAGGUCAUGAGUUGGAGAUUAUGUAUUUGUCUGAUGGCUGUGUCUGUAGGCUUUCCUUCCCUGACAACUCUUACCAAUGCACUAUUGCGACCCACUAACUUUUGUUCUCAAUAUGUUAUCAAUCAUUUUGUAUGUGAAUUGCAGUCUUUCCUUAAACUGGCUUGCUCUGUCACACAAAUCAGUGAGAUCUUCAUGCAAGUCGUCACCUUCACUCUUGUAAUCCCACCAUUUGGCUUCAUAGUCAUGACUUAUGGGAAAAUAGGUCAUGCGUUAUUGCGUAUCCGUUCAUCUCAGGGUCGCAGGAAGGCCUUCUCUACAUGUAGCUCCCAUCUUGCUGUAGUCAGUGUCUUUUAUGGAACAAUUAUGAUCAUGUACUUGAUGCCUCAGGGAAAAACUAUUUCCGACAAGGAAAAGAUCCUAUCUGUAGUCUAUGGAGCUCUGACUCCUAUGUUGAAUCCUAUAAUUUAUAGCCUGAAAAACAAGGAUGUGAAGGGAGCUUUUGGGAAACUGAUCAGACAAAAGAUGACAUAAUAGAUUGGAGGCCCCUGUUUUGUACAAUGCAGAGACAAUAGUACUUACCAACUUUUAGUAAACAUUAUUUCCUUCCACCUGCUUUGUAUGGUCAUUUCAAGCAAGAUACACUUCCUAAUAGCAAUCAGGACUAAUUGAAAAUAGUGAAAAUCCUCAUUUGUGUUAGAGAAAGAUUUGUGACAAUCAUACAUCAACCGUUUUCUUAGGCUAAUAGCCAUUCUCUCCAGCAUAGGCAAAUAGAUAUCAGAUGACUGUGGUAAUUGUUUCCUAUUCAUGAGAACUGCAAAACUGAUGUUGAAGAAUUGUGUUCCUGAAUUAGGCUUUCCUCAAUGAUUCUGGAUCUGUUUCAGUUUUUUGUUGGAGGUGGGGGACAAAUGGUUUAAUAGUGGAGAUGAUUAAACAGAUUGAUAUGAACCAUACGAACUGUUAAACAGACUGGUAAACCAUGAAAUUAGGAAAUUAAAUGUCAAACAUGAUCUCUGAGAUUAUAUCUGAGAUCACAAAUAAGAUCACAUUUGAGAACGAUAUCCAACAAUUUACCCUUCUGGAGGUGUAUACAGAAGUGAGCACCAUUUACUAUAAAUUUAGUCUGGUGAGAUUUUGUCCGAUAGGUGUAAGCAAAUAGGUGUAAGCAAAUAAGUGUUAAUGCAGUCUGUUAUUAAUAGCAGCUUGCUUGCAAUUACUGCAGGUUCAAGUCCCACCUGGCCCAGGGUUGACUCAGCCUUCCAUCCUUUAUAAGGUAGGUAAAAUGAGGACCCAGAUUGUUGGGGGCAAUAAGUUGACUUUGUAUAUAAUAUACAAAUGGAUGAAGACUAUUGCUUGACAUAGUGUAAGCCACCCUGAGUCUUCAGAGAAGGGCGGGAUAUAAAU